AUGGAAGGUUUUACUGGAAAAGGUGGAAGCUUGCAAAAUAAGAGAGGAGGGAAAGGCACCGUGCCAUCCCCACACCCCCAGAUGUCCUGCUGGCCAGCGGUUGGUCAGCAUUCUCAGGACCUGGAUGCCCAGGCUCACACCCUGGCCCGUGGUAAGUGCAGUCCCCACCGCCCGGUUGAAGACAGACCCUCGGUGACCCUGGGCCAGGAGUCACCUGCUCUGCUGGGAGCAGGUACCAUUCUUGUGGACAACAUGCUGAUCAAAGGGACUGCGGGAGGACCAGACCCCACCAUUGAACUUUCCUUAAGGGACAAUGUGGAUUACUGGGUGCUGCUGGACCCCGUCAAGCAAAUGCUCUUCCUGAACAGCACCGGCAGAGUUCUGGACAGAGACCCGCCGAUGAACAUACACUCGAUCGUGGUGCAAGUGCAGUGCAUCAACAAGAAGGUGGGCACCGUCAUCUACCACGAAGUCCGCAUCGUGGUGAGGGACCGCAACGACAACUCCCCCACGUUCAAGCACGACAGCUACUACGCCACGGUGAAUGAGCUCACUCCCGUUGGCACCACGAUAUUUACAGGGUUUUCAGGGGACAAUGGAGCUACAGACAUAGAUGAUGGACCAAAUGGACAGAUAGAAUACCUCAUCCAGUACAAUCCGGAGGACCCGACAUCCAAUGACACCUUUGAGAUCCCCCUCAUGUUGACUGGAAACGUAGUAUUAAGGAAGAGGCUCAACUAUGAAGAUAAGACUCGGUACUUUGUCAUCAUCCAGGCUAACGACCGGGCACAAAAUCUGAAUGAGCGGCGAACCACCACCACCACGCUCACGGUGGAUGUUCUGGACGGAGAUGACUUGGGUCCGAUGUUUCUUCCUUGCGUCCUUGUGCCAAACACCCGUGACUGUCGUCCGCUCACCUACCAAGCUGCCAUACCUGAGCUCAGAACUCCGGAAGAACUGAACCCCAUCAUUGUUACCCCACCCAUCCAGGCUGUUGACCAGGACCAGAAUAUUCAGCCACCAUCAGACAGGCCAGGCGUCCUCUACUCCAUCCUUGUUGGGACUCCAGAGGAUUACCCACGAUUUUUCCAUAUGCAUCCCAGGACUGCAGAACUUAGUCUCCUGGAGCCUAUAAACAGAGAUUUUCACCAGAAAUUUGAUUUGGUUAUUAAGGCUGAACAAGACAAUGGUCACCCUCUGCCCGCCUUUGCCAGUCUACAUAUCGAAAUACUGGAUGAAAACAACCAGAGUCCAUACUUCACGAUGCCCAGCUAUCAAGGCUACAUCCUGGAGUCAGCCCCGGUGGGAGCCACCAUCUCCGACAGUCUGAAUUUGACCACCCCUCUCAGAAUCGUGGCUCUGGACAAGGACAUAGAGGACGUUCCGCCAGGUGGAGUUCCUACGAAAGACCCAGAGCUUCACCUUUUCCUGAACGAUUACACCUCAGUCUUCACCGUCACGCAGACUGGUAUCACUCGCUACCUCACCCUACUGCAACCAGUGGACCGGGAAGAGCAGCAAACUUAUACUUUUUCGAUAACGGCAUUUGAUGGUGUGCAAGAAAGUGAGCCAGUUAUUGUCAAUAUUCGGGUGAUGGAUGCAAAUGAUAAUACUCCAACCUUCCCUGAAAUAUCCUAUGAUGUCUAUGUUUAUACAGACAUGAGCCCCGGGGACAGUGUCAUACAGCUCACUGCGGUGGAUGCAGAUGAAGGGUCCAAUGGGGAGAUCACCUACGAAAUCCUGGUUGGGGCUCAGGGAGACUUCACCAUCAACCGAACCACAGGGCUCAUCACCAUCGCUGAAGGGGUGGUGCUGACAGUGGGGCGCACCUAUGCGCUCACAGUCCAGGCUGCAGAUAACGCGCCUCCUGCGGAGAGAAGGCACUCCAUCUGCACCGUGUACAUUGAAGUGCUCCCUCCAAAUAAUCAAAGCCCUCCCCGCUUCCCACAGUUGAUGUACAGCCUCGAAAUCAGUGAAGCCAUGAGGAUCGGUGCUGUUUUAUUAAAUCUACAGGCAACUGAUCGAGAGGGAGACCCAAUAACAUAUGCCAUUGAGAACGGAGAUCCCCAGCGAGUUUUUAAUCUUUCAGAAACUACUGGGAUUCUAACCUUAGGGAAAGCCCUGGACAGGGAGAGCACCGAUCGCUACAUUCUGAUCGUCACUGCUUCAGACGGCAGGCCAGAUGGG